CCAGCCGCCCUCUCACCCUUCUCGGUGACCCGCCGCAUCGGCCACCCCUACCAGAACCGGACGCCGCCGAAGAGAAAAAAGCCCCGCACGUCCUUCAGUCGGGUGCAGAUCUGUGAGCUGGAGAAACGCUUCCAUCGGCAGAAGUACCUGGCGUCAGCUGAGCGUGCCACUCUGGCGAAGGCCCUCAAGAUGACAGAUGCACAAGUCAAGACCUGGUUUCAGAACAGGCGGACAAAAUGGCGGAGACAAACUGCAGAGGAAAGGGAGGCUGAGAGGCAGCAGGCCAACCGGCUGAUGCUGCAGCUUCAGCAGGAAGCUUUCCAGAAGACGUUGAGCCAACCGCUGCAGCCAGAUCCCCUCUGUCUGCAUAACUCCUCCCUCUACGCCCUGCAGAACUUGCAGCCUUGGGCAGAAGACAAUAAGGUGACCUCCGUCACCUCUGUGGCUUCUGUGGUGUGACCGUGUGGGUGUGAAUGUGUGUCUGGAAGAGAAAAGGGAGGGAGGGGACAGGGACAAAGUUUGGAAUGAAAUGCCUAUAUCCAAGUGCCGUCAGAAUAAAAAGGACAAAAGUGAGGAAAUUCCUCAUUUUCUUCUAAAAUCUUCUCACUAAUCUGGGAGAUCAUAGACAAAGGAAAAUGGUGCUUGCUUUGCAGGGAAAGACUGAGUGGACAUUGAGCUUCCUCACUCACUGAUCAUUACCAGCAACAUGGUGGGGGAGCGAACGUAGACAGAGACGGCUAUAUGUUACUGUCAGGAUCUACAGAAACACACUGUGCGGACCUCAGAGCACAGGAGCCACACUUAGAUGCUGUUUGUCAAAAUUAAGCAAGUCUACAAGUGUUAUCUAAGAAAUCUAAAGUCUGUUGAGUCAUACCCUGCCUUACACCAAGUUUCCGCUUUUC